AAGUACAGUGCAGGGUCUUGCAUCUACAACUUCGCAGCCUUCCCCAAGCCCACUUCGCUCACCGCAUACUGCUAUCUUUGUUGACGGUGCGCAUCGCUCGCACGCGUUCCAAGCAGUCGCCAUGGGAAACCCUUCGCCCGCUGCUGAACCAGGCGCCCAGGUCCCUCACGCGAAGCCUCAAGAUGCCUCCCCGCGCGCGGAGCAGCCCGAUGAGACCAAACUCGUCGUCACAGAGGCCCAGGCCGACGACACAGAGCCCCAAGGCCAGAGCGACGGCAGCCUCAAGCGCGCAAUGCCUCACGACGCCGAUGACGCUGUCGAUGAUGGCGGCUGGCAGGUCGUGACUCGACCCAACAAGAAGCUCAAGAAAGUGCCCAAGCCUGGAAAGAAAAACUACCCGACCAUCGCCUUCUCCCCCAAUGCGCGCUUACAAUCCAAGAUCAAUCUCUCCAACCUCCGCGACCUCGUCACCUACAUUUUCGCCGAUGGCCCAGGGCCUCAGUGGGUAGGCAUCACCCAUCGCCCCGCCUUUCGAAAGAUCGUUGCCAUCAUGCUGCCUGGCCUUGAAGAGGCCAUGUUUAAGUCAUCCGUCGACUUUUCCGCCUACAGUAGCGACUCUCCCAAAGGGGAAAGCUCUGAUUCACCGCCCGACGACUAUUAUCCCCGGCCGUUGAAGAAGGAGGCCCUCCCCGAGGCAUUGCAACCUUUUGCAGACAUGUUUCCACAUCUAUGGCCAGUCAAGACACCAGGUGAUGACAGGCAUGGAAAGAUGCAUUCUCCCUUGGCCGCGUUUCUCACCGCGCCCGCUCCCAAGGAUAAGAACAACAAAAAAGCUGGUGUUAGACCUGCGUCCGAACCCCAAGGAUGGAGAAAUGAGAGGACUCGCAUCACUGAAUUCCUCUGCACAGCCGACGACCUAGCCGAUAACGGAUAUCUCGUCCACCCAGCCCUACUACCGGAAGGCCUGCAAAAGGAGCAGUUCGUCGCCCCUGAGGGAUGGGUCGUCACAAAAGUGGACAAGCUGGAGGAUGGAGACGUGCCCGAGAAGGACAUACAGCAAGGCAGCGUUACGGCAGGCCGAGAGGUCUUGGCCCUGGACUGCGAGAUGUGCAUGACUGGAGAGAACGAAUUCUCGCUGACGCGCAUCAGCGUCGUGGACUGGUCUGGCGAAGUGGUUCUCGACGAGCUGGUCAAGCCUGAUAAGCCCAUCACCGACUACGUCACCCAAUAUUCCGGCAUCACAGAAGAGAUGCUUGCUCCUGUAACGACUACGCUCCGCGAUAUUCAGAACAAGCUCCUCGACAUCUUGAACCCCCACACCAUCAUGGUGGGCCACUCACUAGAAUCGGACACCAAGGCCCUGAAGCUCACCCACCCCUUUAUUGUCGACACUUCCAUCAUCUACCCGCACCCCCGAGGACCCCCUCUCAAAUCCUCCCUCAAAUACCUCGCGCAGAAGUACCUGUCUCGAGAAGUCCAGAAGGGCGGCGCUAGCGGACAUGACAGCAUCGAGGACUCCAAGACCUGCCUGGAUCUUGUCAAGCAGAAGUGCGAAAAGGGCAAGGCUUGGGGAACUUCUGAUGCCCAGGGCGAGAACCUCUUCCGCAGGUUGGCGCGAGCAGGUACUGCCUACAAGGCCCAAGGUGGAGAGGUUGGUGGCCUCGAGGUUGGAAAGACGAGCGCUGCGAUCGAUUGGGGUGACCCAUCCAAAGGCGCAGGAGCAGGCGCGACGUACCAGCUGGGAUGCAAGACGGACGAGGACGUGACUAAUAACGUGAUCCGAGCUGUCAAGGGUGACGACGACGGCCUCGAGAUCCGCGGCGGAGGCGUCGACUUUGUGUGGGCGCGAAUGCGAGAACUCGAGGCCCUACAGGGCUGGUGGAACCGCAAUCGCGUGGAUAACGCCUCUAGCGAUGGCGGUCCUCCUCAGGACGACGUCGAAAGCUCUGCCCAGGAAAAGUCACCACUCGAACAGGCCCUGGUACGUCUCACCGAGCGCCUCACCCGGAUCCACGAAUCUCUCCCGCCAUGCACCGCCUUCAUCAUCUUCAGCGGCUCUGGCGACCCACGCGAGAUGGCGCGCCUUCAGCAGGUCCAAGCCCAAUGGCGCAAAGAGUACAACACGCCCGGCAAGAAGUGGGACGAGCUGAGCGUCAAGUGGACCGACGUCGAGGAGCAGGCCCUUAAGGCAGCGGCGCGCAAAGCCCGGUCUGGCAUCGGAUUUGUCAAUGUGAAAUGAGACGACGACGAAUUAAUCCGAGGAUAAACUUGGACGGGGAGAGGGUGAUGCUGGCUGAAAACAAAUUUAGUGAAAUGGCUUGAUGAGCCUGGACGUCGUGUAGGCACACGGCUUCAGGUUGUGAUACCCCAUGAGCAGCCAAAGUGCUGGAUCUUUAUUACGAGACAUAGAGACGGGCCUGGAAAUAAAAGGAAUAAAGCCCACUGAUCAAGAUUAUAUAAGAUUACA